UAAAAACAAUAACAUAACAACUUUCUUGUUUCUUUUCUUGUUCUCUAAAAAUAUUGUGGUGAUAGUUUAAAUACCUAACAAAUUAAAAUAACAUAUUUUCUCGAUAGAAAAUAAAAGCUUACGCACUAAAUCAUUAUAAAUAAAUAAAACCAACAAAGUAGGUGCGUAAUUAUUAUAAGCAUAUUUCAAAAACAGGUUAUGUGUGGAAAUGCCAAAAUAUUAUUGUGACUAUUGUGACACAUAUUUGACGCACGAUUCGCCGAGUGUCAGAAAAACUCACUGUCAAGGACGAAAGCACAAGGACAAUGUUAAAUAUUUCUAUCAAAAAUGGAUGGAGGAACAGGCACAACAACUUAUUGAUGCAACAACAGCAGCAUUCAAAGCUGGUAAAAUAGCAUCAAAUCCAUUUGCUGCAAAUAAAGGUGUUGCAAUUCCGCCACCUCCAAAUUUACAACCAAGACCUGGUGUCCCACCUCAAUGCCCGCCGAUGAUGCCACCGCCAGGUAUGCAUCCUGGACCACCAAUGAUGAUGGGCCCAAUGCCACCGAUGAUGGGAAGACCGCCAAUGAUGCCGCCCAUGGGACCAAUUGGUCACAUGAUGGGCCCAAUGAGACCUCCACACAUGACUGCCCCAAGGCCCAAUGCCUCUUAAAAAAAAAAUAAAUCCUAUUAAAUGUAGUGUGUGACGAAUAUUUAAAAAAAUAAUUGUAAGUGUUGUUUGCCUAUGUUCCUCUUGGUCGUCUAACGUGUAGUUUCAUUAUACUAAUAAAUGUAUUUUUUAAUUAAUAUAAAA